CACUUCACUAAUAUAUAAUGAGAUUAUAAUGAUACCUACCUAACGUCCAGUUAUAAAAUACAUCCACCAUCACUAUCGCUUAGGUACUCGCCACCGUGUUUUAUAACUGUGCUUCAGCCACCUGAUCUCGCUCGCCGAUCGAUCUCAGAUCUCUGCCCGCUCACCCGCUCAGUGACUCAACCGCUCACUGCUCCUUCCGGUCCGCCUGCGCCCGCGCUAACUUCCUUUCUUUCUCUCUUCUUUCCCGUUCUCUUGGUCCCGACCCACUCAUCGUCACGUGGAAUUACUCAGAGAUUAGUAAUAGGUUAUUAUGUCAGUGAUUAUCAAUAUAUCCUCACUAUUCUUCAUUAUAUGCAUCGAAUACUUAACUCAACACAUAUUAUCUUCGUAAAAGUUAUAAUCAAUGCAUAUCUCUACCAUGCAGACUCAACCCAUAUCUCACCUGCACUCAGCGCACCUCUGCAUCAACUCAACUGACGUGCCGCACAUCUCCCAACUUCACCACACCACCACCACCACACCUUCACCUUCACCACCACCACCCCCCACACGCACCACAAUGGCAGCAGGCGGUGCAAACGCCGCCAUCGCAGCCAUGAUGCGCAAAAAGCUAGGCGCGUCCGAAGAAAUCGAUAUCGCAUUCACUUCCGCCAUCGUCUCCGGUUCUGCUCCCCCAAGGCCCAGAUCUCUCAAUGCUAAGAGCUCUGAGAAUGAUGCGGACGACGCUGAGAAGCCUGGUAAAAAGCUCACUCAUAUGACGAAAGGCCGCGCAAGAGGUCCGAAGCGCAGACUGCCCAAAGCUGCAACCCUCCCUCUCGACACCUCCUCCUCCACCCCGUCUUCUCUCAAAUCCUCAUCAAAGCCCCCUCCUGUGAACAAAGACGAAUCACUCAAGAAAUCAAAUUCUUUCCCGGUCGCAUCAAUCUCCGACCGCCUCGCCAUCUUCAACAACAAUGACUCCUCCGCUCGCAAUCAGUCGACAUCUGCAUCUUCACCUGCUGCCGCCAAAAAGCCACCCCCGCCUCCCGCGAAACCAACCUUCGUCACAAUCAAACCCGGAAUGCGCAAGCCGUCUCUCUUCGACCGCGUCGACUUUGCAGACGACUCUCGGCUCUCUUCCUCGUCCUCUUCCUCGCAUGCACCAGCGCCAAAGGUGCCCCUCAAACCUUCCAAACCGGUACCCAUGUUCAAAUCAAUCCGGCCUGAAAAAGAAGAGCCAAGCUCGUUCUCUGCUACCUUCACCUCAACCACAAUCAUGACCUUCACCACAACCACCUCCAUCGACGAAACCAGCAAACCGAAACCGAAACCAUCUCUCUCCGAAAAACCAUCAAUCACUCGCCCAUCUCAACCGUCCUCAUCAAUCAAAUCCAUCAAAUCCCAAUACGAGCAACGAGACUCCUCCUCUCCCCCCUCCUCCCCGGCCAAACCACAACUACACGCCAAACCCGCUCUGCCGCCGAAAUCCCACAUCUUGCACUCCAGAUCAAAAAGCUUCAACGGCACCGCAAACAUCGGCCUCGUCAGCGUCGAAAAGCCAAAGAGCUCGAACACCACUACAUCUUCCUCGACCGAAACACGAUCCCCUCCGCCGGUGCUUCCAAAGAAGCCUGCCCUUGCUUCGAAACCAGCGCUGCAGUUGCCGCCAAAACCUGCCCUCAAGUUUGCAAAGUCCCCUGCAACAUCUACAGGCGCAGACACUGUUUUCGGAGUGAAGAAAGCGCAUGUGCAGGAAUCCCCCAAAGCCAGCGUGAAGCCAUUCUUUUCGGGCAAAGUGUACGAUGACAUCGCAAGAAAAGCCGUCCCCUCUCCGGCGCGAAAAGUCUCCAUCUCCACAUCGACAGAAGACACAUCGAAACCGAAACUAACCCCAAAGCCAAAGCCGGUACUCACACCAAAGCCGAGCCCGAAACCAAAGCUCGCGGCCGAACCUGACAUUAUGUUGCUAUUCAACCGGUCGCAACCCGAGUCUUCGCCUUCGUCCUCUCCUUCUUCACGCAAAGGAGCUGCUGGGUCUGCAUCUUCAUCCGGUGGCUCAGUUAGGGAGGCGGCGAUGAGGUGGGCUAUGCAGUCCGGCUCUUCAUCUGGAGGCAGUGCGGGAGGUAGAGUUUUUGCGUGAUUACAGUGCUAUUCCUUUUGUCUCUGUCUGGUUUAUAGACGUCUUGUUUCUUGUAUCUCUCAUCUUUCAUUUUGAGUUGUUUCUAGAUGAGUUAUGUCUCAUCAUAAUGUCUAAUUCCAUUACAUCUCUCCCUUCCCUCCUCUUCCCCUCCCUCCUUACUUUCUUAUCAGCAUUUAAACAAUCAGUUUCCUCCUGAAUUUCCU